AUGAAUGGAUUCACGAAUAAUGGCGAUAAAUGCGUUAAUGUUUUAAUGUUUCCAUGGUUAGGUUAUGGUCACAUCUCUCCGUUCCUAGAGUUAGCCAAAAAGCUUAGCCAAAGAAACUUCAUUAUUUGCUUAUGUUCUACGCCAGUGAUCCUGAACUGUAUCGAAAAAAAACUUAGCCCGGAAUUUUCACCAUCGAUCCACCUCUUGGAACUUAAUCUCCAAAAUUUACCAGAUCUUCCUCCAAGUCACCACACUACAAAUGGCCUUCCGCCUCAUCUCAUGAACACUCUCAAAGAAGCUUUUGACUUAGCUAGCCCCGAUUUUGCCCUAAUUUUGAAAACCCUAAAACCCGAUUUAUUAAUUUAUGAUUUUCUCCAACCGUGGGCUCCAAAAGCUGCAGCUGAAUUAAAAAUCCCAGCAGUUGAGUUUAUUAGCAGUAGUUCCACGAUGACAGCUUACAUGUUGCAUGAGUUCAACAAGCCAGGUAUAAAAUUUCCAUUUUCGUCUAUUUGUUACCGCGAUUAUGAGAAAGCUCGUAUUGAGAAACAAGAAGCAACUAUGUCUGUGGAAAAGCUUGAAGAAGAUAAAAGGAGAGUUAGAGAAUGUUUUUACCUAUCUUGUGAUAUUGUUUUGAUUAAAAGCUUUAAGGAGAUUGAGGGUAAAUAUAGUGAUUAUAUCACUAAUUUAACUGGUAAAAGAGUUGUACCUCUUGGUCCUUUAGUUCAAGAACCUACACUUGAAGAUAAAGAUUUUGUAGAGAUUGCUUAUGGGUUGGAAAAUAGCAAGGUUAAUUUUAUAUGGCCAAUAAGGUUCCAAAAGGGGGAAAAUCUUGAACUUGAAGAGACUUUGCCUAAAGGUUUUUUCAAUAGGGUAGGGAAUAGGGGAAAAGUUUUUAAUGGAUGGGCCCCACAAGCAAAAAUUUUGGAGCAUUCGAGUAUUGGUGGAUUCGUGAGUCAUUGUGGGUGGAGUUCUGUAAUGGAAAGUAUGAAAUAUGGGGUCCCGAUUAUCGCGAUGCCUAUGCAUAUUGAUCAACCAAUUAAUUGUAGGCUUGUUGAAGAUGUUGGCAUUGCUGUAGAAGUUGUGAGGAACAGUGAUGGAAAGCUUCAUAGAGAGGAAGUUGCAGCCAUAAUUAACCAAGUUGUGCUCGAUAAGGAUGGUGAAUUUGUAAGGCAAAAGGCAAAGGACAUGAAGGAAAAGCUUUGUAUGAAAGGAGAUGAAGAAAUUGAACAAGUUGCCAAGGAGUUGAGAAAGCUAUGUGCUAAAUUCUAG